AUGGUUGUCAGGGUCUCUCGUUGCCAAUGCUUUCAAUUCAACGCAAUUCGGCAUCGAAACUGCUCUCUAUUUCAUCAGCGAAGGAAAACCGGUAUGACUGCUACUCCCUCGUCUUACUUCGCCUCCAAUUCAACUACUCCUGCGACCUCCAAUUCUGUAACUUUCGCCAGCGUAGACGAUGCCUUGGAUUCAUUUAGUAGGAUGCUCCACAUGAACCCCAGACCUUCGGUUGUGAAAUUUGGUCAGUUGGUAAAUUCUCUUAUGAGAAUGAACGCCUUCCAGGCUGCCUUCUAUGCGUCUAGACAAAUGGAAUUAGCUGGAGUCCCACACAAUCUUUACACGCUUAGCAUGUUGCUUCGUUGUUUCUGUAAAUUGGGUCGAGUAGAUUUUGGAUAUGCAGUUUUCAGCAAAGCUCUGAAAUUCGGUAUUCAAUUCGAUGAUGUGAUGCUCAAUACAUUGAUUGACGGGCUCUGUAAAGUUGGGAAAGUAAUCGAGGCUGCAAGGUUGGUUCAAAACAUGAAGGAGUUUGGCUGUCAACCUGGUAUCGUUAGUUAUAACACAGUCAUUAGCAGCCUAUGUAAGGAUGGAAUGGUAUCGAAGGCUUUUGUUGUUUUUUCCGAGAUGAAGGAUGAAAAGAUUCAACCAGAUGUGUUCAGUUACAAUAGCUUGAUUUAUGGUUUGUGCAUUUCAAGCGGAAUUAAUGAAGCUAUGGAGUUGUUCAAUAAAAUGGUAGAUAGGAAGAUAACGCGUGAUAAAUUCACCUAUAACAUAUUGGUUGAUGCUUUCUGUAAGGAAGGAAAUGUUUUGGGAGCUAAAGUUAUACUCAAAAUGAUGAUUCAAGGUGGAUUGCUUCCGGAUAUCGUCACUUACCGUUCAUUGAUGGAUGGGUAUUGUUUGCGCAAUGAAUUAGAUAAAGCUAGAAAGGUAUUUGAUUUCAUUAUCAAUAGGCGAUGCAAACCUACCGCUUGA